AUGAACCGGAGCACUCCAAAGAACGCCGGCCUCUUCCCUCUGUUUCUCGCCGCCCAGCUCGUUGCCGGUCACAAUGGUCAUUCCUCAGAGCCACCAACCCCACCGGGAAGUCUGCCGAUAAGGCCCCCAGCGCUAGUGGUCGUCCACAUCUUUCUUCAGCUGCUCACAUGGGGGUUUCUCCUGCCCAUCGGCGUCAUCCUCGGCCUUGCACGCUCCCGGCUCCAUGCGCCCGUCCAGGCUAUUGCAGGCCUGCUCCUCUCCCUCCCCGCAACGACGCUCCCUCAUCUGGCCGCACGCCAUCCUUACCCACCCACCCUACACGCCACCCUCGGUUCCGCCCUCUUCUUGCUCUUGCUCGCUCAGAUCAUUCAAGGCUUGUUCCUCAAAUCUCAUCGACUCGAACCUUCCACUUUCAGAUCCACUAUCCAACUCACUCAUUCGAUCAUCGGUAAAUCUUUCUUUCUUCUCUCUUGGAUACAGAUCUUACUCGGUGUUGUGGCUAGCUUAAGCUUUUGCUACGGCGAUCAUCUGGGACAAUGUAUAGCACAUAUGAUUAUGGGAUCAGCUUUUGUCGGCUAUGGCGUCGUAAUGCUCAGCAUGUUGGAGUUUGGAAGACCCUGGUUACGGUUCCGUAAGAUCAGUCAAGAGUAUUUGGAUUGCUGUGUGAUUACGGCUUGGGGAGUCGUGAAUACGUUCACGGAACAUGGUGUAUUCUUUUCGGCGGGGCCACAUUGGUCACACAAAGACCUGCAGCAUACAUUUCUGGGAGUGAUUUGGGCAAGUGCGGGCGGGCUAGGGAUCUAUCUAUCACGGGGCGGCCGACGCUCGGUGAUCUCUGGGCUAGUGAUCAUCAUCACCGGCUGGGCGUUCCAGUCGCACCAGCAAUCGCUGGAGCUCUCCACCCGGGUCCAUGGCGCCUUCGGGGUCACCCUAAUGGCUGCCGGACUCGUUAAGAUCAUCACCGUCGUCCGGCACUCUUCAUCCGUCCCCAAUGCCCAGCCUGAGCCCGGACUAGACGCGCUUGAUCAUCUCACGCCGCUCCUCCUGACCAUCAGCGGGGUCAUGUUCAUGUCAGCCACAGAGGAACAACUGAUUUUGAUCUCUCGGAUUGGCGUCGACCAUGCGACCUAUGUUCUCGGCCAAGUGUCGAUCGGUUGUCUACUUUAUCUGUACAUCAACCUGCUCAUCCACUUCUACCGACGAUUUACCAGCGCCAAGUCGUCCAUCUUGGACCCAGCCCACGCCCAGCUCGUUGGUGGUCCGGUCAGUCAUAAACAGGCUUCUCUCGACGGUCAGUAUGAGCGUCUGUCAAUGGAAAACUUGCUCUCUCGUCAGCUAGAACGCCCCCAUCGGGAAUCAUCAUCUUCUUCCUUCGACGAUAAUGAUGAUCACAUGUAA